UCGUAUCGUCGGUAGUGCUUGAAGGUGGGUUUUCGUGUUUUUCUAAAAUAAAUCUUUAAUCAUCGGCCAAAUAAAAUAUAAUUUGUUGCAAUUAUGAGUGGAAAAUUAUCAUUGGUGUGCCUGGCAAGCGAUUUACAUUUGUAUUUUUUUAGUUCUUUAAAGUUUGGAAGAAUUUUGACUUGUGUGUUGUGAAGUUAGGUUAUGCACUAAACAGUAUUUAUUUAUUUCAGCAUAAAAAUGGCCAAGACAAAGUCUGAAAAGAAGACCAGGUCAGCAAUGACCGAAGUCGUCACCCGCGAAUUCACAAUCAACCUUCACAAAAGGUUACACGGUAUUGGAUUCAAGAAAAGGGCCCCUCGCGCUAUCAAGGAAAUCCGCAAGUUUGCCGAAAAGCAGAUGGGAACCCCUGAUGUAAGGAUCGACACCAGACUUAACAAGAGUCUGUGGUCCAAAGGAAUCAGAAAUGUUCCUUUCCGCGUAAGAGUACGUUUGUCUCGCAGGAGAAACGACGAUGAAGAUUCAGUGAACAAACUAUACACUCUUGUGACAUAUGUGCCCGUAGCUACAUUCAAAGGUCUCCAAACUGAAAAUGUUGACGCAAACCAAGAAUAA